AUGCAGAAAAUUAAAAAUUAUAUAAGCAGACUCCUAAACGACGAUCAUGUGUGCUUUGAUUAAUCAUACUAAUUUAUACUAUUUAUUCGGAUGUUUUAAUUUCUGUAAUACCUAGCAAUUACGUUAUAAGAAAUUAAUAAUAAUGAAAAAUAGGUUGAUGGGCAUUUUUCAAUUUUCUUUCAAAUUCUAAAGUUAUCCAUAUUGGAUAUUAAUUUUCUUCCUGAUUAUAUUGGAUUUAUUACUACUUUUGUAAACAUUGGUGUGAUGGUCCUAUUCAUAUUAUAAUUGGCAUAUUUUAAUAGAUAAUUAGUGCUUUUGACGAGAGGACUUAUAACCUAUUUGGCUUUAUUACCUCAAAUAAUGUGCUUUUUAUUUGUUUCAUCUAGUUUUCGGUCUUUUAUUUUGAAAGAAGAGACAAACCUAAUCCUUUAGAUUUGGGCUAUAUGUGAUGUUAGUUUGAUAUUUAGCAUAUCUAUAAUUUCAUGCAUUUUAUUUAGAAACAUAAGUUUUAAUCAAUCAACUUACACAAGAGAUCAAAGUUAAUUGAAAAUAGUUUCUUAGAUUUUUUAAUUUGUCACAUAAAUAUUAUAUUUUUAUGACGAUAGAGAAGAAAUUUUAAUACUUAAAUAACUUUCAGCUUUAAUGUGGAUAGGAUUGGAAUAGAUUGAUAUAUAUUUAUAUAUGCCUUAUAGUUUAUAUGAUAGCAAAUUAAUUUUUACAUUAAAUUAAAUAAAGUUUGGAUGUAAUUUGAUUAAUUUAAUUUUGAAUAAUUUGUCUAAUAUUAUAGAAACAACCUUUUCAUAAUACAUUUAUUAUUUUAUAUUUUCAUCAAUGUGUUUUUACUUAGGUGAAACAUUUUAUUAGAGAUUAUUUUAUGCAAAGGGAUUAGAUACUUUUACUAAAUCAAGUGAAAAAGAUUAGCAUUUAUAAAUAAAAGUGCUGAGAUAGUUUUAAAUUUAAGCUCAAUUCACACUUACUUAAACUGAGAAAUUAUUGCAAAUAGGAAUGGUGAAUUAACAUAUCAUUCACUGUAAUAAAUAGUGUAGAUCUCAAGAUAGUUCUGAUGUAAUCACAUGCAUUGUCAAUUGUCAAGUGUCAAAUAAAGAAGAUGAAAAUCUAUUUUUAUUUAAGAUUCAAUAUUUGGCAUUCCAAAACAAACAAUACUCUUAAAGUUUAGCCAGGAUAAAACAUUAUUAAAUUAAAUAUAAAUAAGAAUUAUCUUGGUAUUUCAAUUUAGUUUAAAUCGAAAUAUCCAAUAAACUUAGCUAAGAAAUAACUAAAUAGCAAUAUUCCAAAAUUUUGCCAUAAAAUUCAUCAUUUGUUAACUUCACCUCUGAUGAUUUAGUUCAUUUAGAUGUUUAAUCAGAUAUUCUCAUACCAAUUAUUAGAAAAACUCUCUCAGCUAAAUUAGAUAUUUGGAAGAAAUAACUCAAAGGAUUUUCAUCUGUUAAAUAACUAUAGUAAGAAUUAGUGAAGUUGGCUUAGGAAUUGGAGUAAUUACGAAUUAAAUUCAAAUUAAUUAUAAAUAGAGAUGUAUACGAAGUAAAUAUCUCAUAAGUAAAUAAUUUGUAUCAUUUGAGAAUGUUGUCUUUAUAUUAUUCAAUUAUCAUGAACGAUUAAUUACAUUCAUUUUUAUGCGAAAAACAGUACUAUUUAAUCUACAGCUAUGAACAAACCUUACAAUAGGAUUAGUUAAAUUCAAUUGCAUUAGUAUUAGAUAAGGUUUCUAUUGUAACUGUGAGCUUAGUUUAGAGUUUAGGAUCUAUAUUAAAUACCAACAAAUAGUAAUUAGGACAUAUGUUUAAUUACAAGAAAGUAGAAGAAUUCUAAAAUAUUAUUCAUUUAAAUUAAUUAAUGCCUGAUUUUAUGGCUGAAUCGCAUAAUUCAAUGUUAGAGAAAUUUUUAAUCAAAGGUGAUUCCCCUUUUAUGCAAUAGUUUCGUUUAAUUUUUGGUAAAACAAAAGACAAUUUUAUAUUUCCUUUGUAUUUGAAACUAGCUAACGACUUUAGUUAUCAGGAUGAUUAUGUCAUAAAAGGCAUUUUUUUUUCAGGGGUAAAAAAAUAUGACUAUCUAUUAUUUGACAGCAAUGGAAAAAUAUUGGGUGUAACAAGAUAAGUGUAUUAUGAUCUGUUCACUAAUAACAAUAAUAAACAUCAACCAUCAGAACUUACUGUGUUAUAGAAUUAAUGCUUUCUUUAUUAUUUUAUGCCUGAUUUAUUUGAUAUUGUGAAAAGAUUUCAAUAAAGACAGAAAGAUGCAUUUGAUAAUAUAAAUUUUUCAGAAGAUACAAUCUUUAUCUCUCACCAUGAAAUAAAAGAGUUUCAUGAUAAAUUCUAAUAGCAAAUGAAAUUCAUUGUAAAUGACUUUGGAAAUAUCAUGAAUUUUAAGAAAAAGCAAUCGUUGUAGAUUCGUACUAGUACAUUAUAAGCUUCAAAGGACAUUAAUCCCAUAUUAAUUGAAUUAAAUUUAUUGAAUGAAACUUACGCUAAAGCAGUAAAGGAAUACAUAAAUCAAACCGUUACAUCAUAAAAAACUUGUUUUGUGAGGUUUACAUUAUAAUACUAAAAGUAUUAAAAUGAUGGAUACUAUAUAAUGUAAAUAUCAGAUUAUAGAAAACACAAUUUUGGAGAGAUAGCCACUGAAUUAUUUGCUCUGUAAGAUGCUGAUUCUACAAUGAAAAAAUCCACUUUGAGACACUUGAAGGAUUUAAUAAUUUCCAAACGGAGAUAUGGUGACAUCUAAGCUUUUUCAACAAUUAAAAAAAAACGUUAAAUGUAUUCUAGAUAACUGGCUUCUGUCAAUUAAUCUGAAAUGUUAAUGACUCAAUAAUUAUCAUCAAUUGCUUAAACACCAAAGGCUUGUUUUUUUAAACCUGAAAUAGCGUUAAAUUCUGAAAUGGAAUCAGUUUAAGAAAUUAGAAAUUCUAGUUCAGAAGAAUCCAAAUUUUUAGAUGAAUUUUUAUCAGAUGAUGAAUCAAAGAAACAAGGAUAUAAAAGGGAGAAAAAGAUUUAAUCAUUUAGUAAAACAAAUAAUUUUACUGAAAAUGAACAAAAUCCUAAUUAAUCGUAACAUUCAAGUGCAAUAUCUAAAGCCUCCAAUAAUUAGUCUUACUUUUUUUAAAUUGUAUUUAAAUAAAAGGGAUAAUUACCAAAAAAUAUUAUUAUCUUAUGGAUUAUUGUUUAUUGUAUAAAUUUAAUAAGUGUGGGAGGAUUUAGUUUUACAAACUAUCAUAUUAUUUCUAAUUACUAUUAAGAAUAAUUAUAAUCUGAAUAAUUUAUGGGACCUCUUAAAUUUAAUAGAUACUUUUGUAAGACUUUGUCCAUUAGUUGGAAUUUCAUUUUAACAAAAUACAAUAUAUUGAAUAAUAGUUAGUAUUCAAAUGAAUAAAAUUUAUAUUAGUUUAGUUUGCUUGAUUAAUUCGUUUUCUCUAAUCUAUCGUAAUUAUAUCCAAUAUUUCUCAAAAUGGAAUAGGAUGGAACAUUAUCAAAUAUGACUUUAACAUAUAAUAUGAAAAGCUCAGAGAAUGUUGAAUUCACAAGAUUAUUAAACUUUUUAGAAGAGGCCAUUCAUUAUUUAGUUUAAAUCAGUUAUUUUGACAAGGAGAGCUUUCUAAAUUUCGUUAACAAAGAUUACAUAGAUAAGGCAUUAAUCAUUCAAUACAACUUACCAGAAGUAAUUGACAUCAAUAACCAUCUAAUGAAUUAACUAAAUAACAGUUCCCUUGACAAUUAGGAACUUGAAAGUUCGAUUUUUGUAGUUGAACACUUGAUUCACACAGUAAUUAUCUUCUUUGUUAUGCUGAUACAAUUGUUUUAAUGGAAUAAUAUAGAAUAAUAAAAUAGAAAUUUAGCGUUGUUGGUUGGUAGGAUCAAGGAUAAUGAAGUGGAAAAUGAAAUUUCUUAUACUAUUUAUAUUGCAUUGAAUAUUCAAGCUGGUGAAGAUUCCUGGAAGCGUUAUAAUUAUUAUAACUAUGGAUUUCAAUAAGAUGCAUCUGUUUAUUAGCCAAGGCAAAAAUUAAGUAUUAGUUAGAAAUUGCAAUUUGGUUAACAAAUCUAAAAAAGCGUAAGGAAUUUUAAUACUAAAAUAAAUUUGUUUUCACAUUUAAUAAAAAUAUUAGUAUUUGUAUUGAUUUAUUAAGCAUAUCUAUGGGGAGGUUACUCAUUAUCUAAAAGCCAAAAAGAUAGGCUAUAACCAUUAAAUAAUUUAUUAGUGGAGUUUGCAUUGUUCAGUACUAAAAUAGACAAUUUAGCAAGCACUGCCUUAAUAAUAAAGACUUAAUUUUUAAUAUAAGAGAAAUUAAAAUAAGAAGGAUUGUUCUUGGAAAAAGAUCUGAAUGAUAGAGAGGAGAUAAUAAAAUUAUUCAACAAUAUCUAUACUGAGAUAAAUGAAUCUUUUGCUUAACUAUAUGAACAAUUAAUUAAAGAUUUGUAAUUAGAUUAUUCAACCGAGGAAGCUUAAGGUUUAUUACAUUAGGAUAUUUGUUUAUUUAUGAGUUCACUAUUACCAUUUUGUGAAUUGAAAUUGAAAUAAAACUAGUAAGAAUUUAUCAAGUAGUAUGGUUAGUAUUAUGCAUAAGAUGAUAAUUCUGAUUAUUUAUCAUAAGGCAUUCUUUCUCUGGUAACACAAAUGCAAUAAUUUUACAAAUAAAAUUUUGUUUUUGAAGAUGAAGAAUAAAGUUAAGAUGAACUUUUGAGCUUUUUGAAUAGUUAGGAAUUUAAUGUUAUUAUAUUAAGCCAUUUCAGAGAUACUUAUUAAUGUUUUGCUAUUUACUUAGAAUUAUUAGAAGAUAAUAUAUUUUUGAUAAGAAGUUAAAAUUUAUCAAGUUUGCUAAUCUAUUAUGACCUAAUUAUAAUCAUGUAUUUGGUUAUUUUUUAGAUUUAUUAUUCAUAUUGGAUAAGGUAAAAUGUGAAAGUGAUGAGGAACAUCAAAUUGGCUUUAAUUGCAAUGCCACAUUUUCAAUUGACAAGUGACCCAGUUAUUAAUAUUUUGAAAAGAUAUUAAUGA